AUGCAAGAAACAAAGCAAGAGGGCAUCCCGUUCUUCAUCUUGCAUUUCCACUUACUCUCUAAAUCUGGCCUCCCCACAUCACGUUAUCAUCAGGCACGACAGCAAAUGCCAUCCGCUCUCCGUAUUCGAGUUCCGUCCCCGCAGCUGCCAGAGGUGCAGAAAGGGCAGGGAAUGGAUUCUAUCAGCGACACCGCAUCCAAGGCCCACAAGGCAGGACGCCCAGUUCUUCUCUUGGUUUAUGAGAUGCCGGAAUGGUUCCGACUUAAAUCCAACAAGUGGAUUCUCCAUGGCUAUCGGCCCAUCUCGGGCUCGGCUCGCGCUUCGUUCUGCAGUUGGUCGUAUAUUCACAACGAGUCAGUCAAUCUCUAUUCUCACCUCAUCCCGGCCGUUUUGUUCCUGCUCGGCGAGUGGUAUAUCCAGCGGUACCUUGCCAGCAGAUACUCCCGGGGUCACCGGCGCUGA